AUGUCCCUCGCUAAUGCAUUGAAGCAGCACAUCUGCGGCGGAUCCGUCAGCCUGCAGCGCAUAUGCCGUCAGCAGAUGAGCUGUCGAAACAUCAUCUGGCUGGCCUGCGCUCUGCCGGACCCCAUCGUCUUGAGUUUCACCAUGCAUCGAUAUCCCAAGGCUUCGACAAGUGAUAAGCAAGAGCAGCGAUUAAUAAGGCAAAGCGGCGCUCUCGCUGAUGCCUGGGCAAGGUUCCAACAGAAGUUGCCUCGGGCAGAGCAAGAGAACAUGCGAAACACACCUCCGAGCCUUUUCGUGCUUUGCAACGCCGUCCAUGCCGCCGAAAGUCGAUGGCAAUCCGAACGGGACGAGAGCAGAUGGGAAGCCGUCAAGAAGACUUUCGUAAAGUUGAGUCGUUCGACAGAGGACUAUAGCCAAUUACUGGCUGUCGUGCCUGCGAACGACAAGUACAUUUCGCUCUUGACCGGAUCGUUAUCUGCUGUCGUGAAGGCAUCGAUCCAGCACGAAGAUAUCGCUUUCGCCAUCGCAGAUAUCCUCGAACAGCUCUGCAAAGACAUGAAGUACUUGAAAAAGCAAAUCAUGGCCCAUCCAGACGUGCAGUCAAUGCAGGACGACGUGCGUGAGCUGUACAUUGUCAUAUUCGAACUGUUGACUGAGAUCUUCACCGAAUGGAGCUCGUCGAGUAUCAAGCGCUUCUGGAAGAGUUUCGACAAGAACGUUGCAAACAAAUUGUUUGGCUCCAGAAAGGCGGCCAUUGAACGAUUGACCCUGGAAUUGGAUCGGGCCGCCGAUCUAGAUUCUCAGGAAAGGAACGGCCUGAUGCAACAAUGCAUCCUCAACUUGCCGACGAAACAGGAUCUCGAGGGCGUUCGAUUGCAGCUCGGCGAGGACAUUGUCAAGCUGUUCGUUGCGGUGGAUGCGUCGGAUCGAUUCGCAUCGACUGCAAGUUUGCCGGAAUCAGCGUCGCUUGCGUUGCAUAAAUCGCACGAAGACCAACAGAUAUCCAGUGGCAAAGACACGGCUUUGAGCACGCAAAGGUUCAAGCGGCAUGAUGUGCUGAGGUCGAUUCCAUCGGGGGAGAGACUCCUUCGACAUCCACUGAAAGAAGUUGAGCGUCUGCGAGACCGGGCGUCUCAUCUGGAAAUUGAUCGCCGCAUCGUUUCGCGGCUCCACGAGUGGACAUCGAAGAGCAGCAAAUCCAAGCUCUGA